CUCAAUCUUUACCCGAACCCCGAAUGACUUUCCACAGCUGCCAUUCCAGUCAAGGAAUCACUCACUCAUCAUGGAUCCAGCUCCAAGUUCCCAGACAAUCGCGCACCUGAACGACAACUGGACAUGGGUUAAAGACUGGAUCGAUGCUCCUCUGAAAGGGGAAGCCGGCAGACUUGCGAGAUUUCAGCGAAUUGUGGAGGUUGAAGCGGCAGCGUUGAAAGUGCCAAUCUGGGUGCGACUCAGCGCCGAUACACGCUACAAGCUCUUGAUUAAUGGCAACCGUGUCUGUGUUGGCCCAGCGCGAGGCAGUGAUAGAAUCUGGUUCUACGAUACCAUUGAUCUUGGUCCAUUUCUUCGAACGGGAUCCAACAUCAUCGAGAUACUCGUUCUGCGCUUCUUCCCGUCUGAGAAUGUCGCAGAGCCUUUCGGAAGAACCGCGAGACCCGGACUGACCAUCUAUGGGUCAAUUGGGGACGAGAACAUCUCCACGGGGGGGACUGACACCAAGUGGCUCGGCGGGCCGGAAGACAACCGAUAUUAUCCCCAGGAGACCCCAUGGGACCACUUUUUAAACACUUACGAGGAGACAUCGAGCCGGACGGAAGAGGUCGCUUUGUCUCCGCUGAAACGUCAUCGCCUGUGGAACAAGCAGGGUGUCCUGAGUCCGUGGUUCCUCGAACCCCGCUGCAUCCCCCUCGCAGAGGAGACGCCGUGUCCCUUCAAAGCCAUCCGACACUCCGACAGCGGACUAGAUAUCGAUGCUUGGCAUCAGUUGAUUGCCGGCAGAGCACCUCUGACGCUACCCAAAGGCUCCAAGCAUCGCCUAGAGCUGGAAUUCCAGGUCCAUUCUACCGCAUUCAUCAGCGUGACCGCGGAGCGUCCUAAAUAUUCCGGAUCUAAGGUCUCUCUGACUUAUUCGGAGGCAUACGAGGUACUACCCAGGCCUCCUCCAGGUCAAGGAUUCACCUUCAAGGACGACAGGACCCAGCGGGAAGGGCAUGGACUGGUUGGACCGUCAGACAGCUACUUUUUCAGUGGGUAUGCAGGAGGCGGUGAUCGGACCGAAUCGUAUGAACCUUUCUGGUGGAAGACAUUCCGGUUCAUCGUCCUCGAGAUUGAAGUAUCCGACGAACCCUUGACGUUGGAGAGCUUGGUCUUCACACAGACAACCUAUCCCAUGGCCGUGGUUGCAGAUUGGAAAGCGACGCCGUUGUCCAACAAGAUGUGGGACGUCAGCAUAAGGACCAUGAGGAAUUGCAUGUUUGACGGGUACUCGGAUUGUCCGUUCUACGAACAGCUUCAAUACGGCGAGGACAGUCGAUCCGCGAUGGUAUUUCAUUACCUCUUGUCGGGCGACGACAGAUUGGGCAAACAGGCCAUCUCAGCUUUUGCGACGUCUAUUCAACCUCACGGUCUCCUUUUGGCUCGCUAUCCUGCGCAUACGAAACAAGUCAUCACGGGAUUCUCGCUUUUCUGGAGCAUGCAGGUAUGCGAUCAUAUGCUAUACUUCAAUGAACCGGACUUUGCCAACCGAUUCCUCCCUACGAUUGACAGUGUCUUUGGUUUCUUCGACCGACAGACCGAUCCGUCGACAGGACUCGUCGCCAAUCUCCCGAGACGUUUCUGGUCGUUCAUCGACUGGAAUGUCCACUGGGGGUCCUCUGACGUGCCCAAAGGUUUCCAUGACAAUGGAAUGCCGAUGGAAGGUAGGGAAAGCGGCACUUGGUCGUUCUUCACCAUGAUCUACGCAUUCACCCUACGGCGAGUGUGUACGCUGCUGCAGCAACUCGGAAAGCCACAGCAGAUCGCACAGUACACCUCGCGAGCGGAUCGAGCAGUAUCAGCGAUCAAACAGUAUUGCUAUGAUGGCGAAUUCUUCAUGGACAGUACAGUUGAAGCGCAUCGCCCCGAGAAUCCUCUGUCACAAGUCUCGCAAAUCUGGGGCAUCCUCUGUGGGGCUAUCGAUCCAAGUUCUCCUGACGCUAGAAGAAUUCUCCUCAAAGCUUUCGAUCCGCAGACAGAAUUCGCCGUCGCAUCCUAUGUUAUGCAGCACUACGCAUUUCGCGUCUUAUCGCACACUGGCCUUUACAACAUGUUCUACCAUCGCAUGUGGGAUAAAUGGCGGCUGCAACUAGACAAGAAUCUCAGCACUUGGGAAGAAGACGACGUGAAUGGCCGAUCAGACUGCCACGAGUGGAGCGCGUUGCACCCUUACGAAUACCUGACAGAAGUUGCUGGUCUGAAACCACUUGCUCCGGGUUGGCAGGUGGUUUACUGGAAUCCUCGAUGGAAGUUGUACGAGACAAUCGUUGCAAAGGUUGCCUUGGGCCAUCAAGGUGUCGCACAAGUCAGUUGGAGAACAACUGAAUCCGUGUGCGAAGUCUCGUUGAGUCUUCCCCGGGAAUUACGGGUAUAUUCACCCGGCGUUCACGGCAACCUGGUUGAUCGGGGCGUAGUGGACAGACUGUCGCUCAGCUUUCCAGUCAAAGACUAG